CCCUACUCCUCCCUUGGCUAUCAGCAACAAUUCCUUUGUCGUAUUUACCCUUCUCCAUUUUCUCUCUCCCUCUCCCUCUCCCUCACUCCUCUCUGUGUAUGCAUCACCAUCAACAUAGAGAGAGAAACAAGAGAAGGGAGGAAGAGGGAAAAUAAAUAAAUUAAAAACCUACUUUCUUUUUGUUUAUUCAAUUUUGUUCCAGAUAAAGAAGAAGAAGAAAAAUCCGAUUGAUUGUUUGAUCGAUUCUCCCUUUAAUGGCGAUACAAUAGUCAAGUUACGACGCUUUCUUUGUCGUUGACCUUUUCCUUUUCUCUUCGUUCAUUGACCUCCCUUCAACCUCCCAUAUUUAUUAGGGUUAGGGUUUCUCGAAUGCCACCUCGAAUCUCAUAUCCUCCUUAUUUCUAACCCCCUUUUCUCUUCCUCGACGGAGUUUCGCUUUCGUAGGGUGAUAAUAAUAUAAAAUAUAUGUGAUGGUUAGGGCUAGGGCACCAUCUACUGCUGAUACGAUUAUGGAAGGGUCAGGGAAUAUUUCUGAUCCGUACAGAGGCAGAGGCGGAGGAAAUAGUAAUAGCAGUAACAAUUCUUCACCUUCUUCGUCGAGGAGAUAUGGAAUGUUAUCAGCUUCUAGUAUUCUUCAAGCGCCUAUUUCUCUUUUAUUAGAGUAUUCUGGUCUGUUAAGAACUACUCGUUCAUCUCACCAAGAAACAGAGUCUUUGAUUCCUGGUGGAGGAGGACUUGGUUCUACUAGACUUGAUGGUUCGUCGGCUGCGGUGGUCUCUAAUAAUGGGGAGGUUGCGAUUAGGAUAAUUGGGUCGGGGGAACAUGAACAUGACAGGGAUGGUUCUGGUGGAUUGGUUGUGGGGCAAGUUGGUGGAGGGCAGAAUGAGGUGUUGGGACAGCAGCAAACGAUGGGUGCAGAUGUUCUUCAGGGUGAUUUGAGAAGUGAUCAUGAAGGAGGAGGGGGAGAUGCCACUGGUGGUGCCGUUACUCAUCAGAGUUCGAGUGUGGGUGGGGAUGGGGAAGCUGCUGAUGGGGCUGGGGGUAACGGGAGGGAUUCAACAUACCAGAGAUAUGAUAUCCAGCAAGCUGCCAGGUGGAUUGAGCAAGUGCUUCCUUUUUCUUUGCUUCUAUUGGUUGUCUUCAUUCGCCAGCAUUUGCAAGGACUUGCAGGUUUCUUUGUUACAAUUUGGAUUGCUGUUGUCAUGUUCAAGUCUAAUGAUAUUCUACGAAAACAAACAGCUCUGAAGGGUGAGAGGAAAGUCUCUAUGCUUGUUGGCAUCUCUCUUGCAUUCGCGAUUCAUGUGGUUGGUGUUUACUGGUGGUAUCAAAAUGAUGAUCUUCUGUACCCAUUAAUUAUGCUUCCCCCCAAAUCUAUACCUCCUUUCUGGCAUGCUAUUUUCAUCAUCAUGGUGAAUGAUACAAUGGUCCGGCAGGCAGCAAUGGUAUUCAAAUGUAUUCUGUUAAUUUCUUACAAGAACAGUAGAGGCCGAAAUUAUCGUAAACAGGGUCAAAUGCUUACUUUGGUUGAGUACCUGAUGCUGCUGUACCGUGCCUUAUUGCCUACACCAGUCUGGUAUCGUUUCUUUUUGAACAAAGAAUAUGGCAGCCUCUUUUCAUCACUCAUGACUGGGUUGUAUCUAACUUUCAAGCUCACAUCUGUUGUUGAGAAGGUACAAUCUUUCUGUGCUGCUUUAAAGGCAUUAUCACGUAAAGAGGUGCACUAUGGGGCAUAUGCAACAUCAGAGCAGGUCAAUGCAGCAGGAGAUCUGUGUGCCAUAUGCCAGGAAAAGAUGCACGCUCCUAUACUACUUCGAUGUAAACACAUAUUUUGCGAGGAUUGUGUAUCAGAAUGGUUUGAGAGGGAAGGGACGUGCCCCUUGUGCAGGGCUUUGGUCAAACCUGCAGAUCUCAGAUCGUUCAGUGAUGGCUCAACUAGUUUAUUAUUCCAGAUAUUCUAGAGGUGUCUACUGUAGAGACCAGCGAGUUUUUCUGCUUGGGAGCUCCAAACACAUGCCAAAAAAUGCCUUUUCCUGAUCAUCAUCUCAUCCAUACACGUAUAUGUGACUGUAUUUGGCUCUGGCUUGUUCAGUGGUUACUUGCCCAAGAAAAUCAAACCAAAGAUUAGUGGAACUUGAAUUGGCUGCCCGUUCUUUUGUUGUAUCGGGAAGGAUGAAUGUAUCUAAUGGCUUUUGAAGACACAGUUCCUCAAAUAAUUAACAAUAUAUAUAUACAUAUUAUUUUCAUUUGCUGUCAAUGAAAGUUUUCCUUGUUAUUUUCUGAAAAUUGUAUAUACUCUUAAUUCUCAAGGAAUGGAUGGAUGCGUUUACUA